GGGCGGUCCGGCCCUCUCAGUGGUCCGGCCGCAGCCGGAACCGCGGCGGCGCGGACGGCGGAGCGAGGAGCGAGCCGGAGCGCGGGGAGGGACGGACCGGGACGAUGGCGUCCCCGGCGCGGUGGAACCACGUGUGGGUCGGGGCCGAGACCGGCGCCCUCAAAGGCGUGAACCUGCAGCGGAAACAGGCUACAAACUACACGAGCGCCGGGUCGCUGAGCCGGGCCCAGGGCGUCUGCGCGCUGUGCUGGGGGGACACCGCCGAGUCUGAGGUGCUGGUGGGGUGCCUGGACCGAGCUGUGAAGCUCUUCAGCACUGAGAAGGGAAAGUUCACGGCGACACGUCUCUGUCCCGGCGGCCAGGGCCCCUUCUGUGGCCUGACGGCUCAUGGCAGCACCCUCAUCACCUGCGUGGAGUCAGGGCUGCUCAAGGUGUGGCGUGAGGAUGACGCUGAGAACCUGGAGCUGCAGGCAGGCACUGGGCUGUGCCGCAUGCGCCAGGACCCGUCACGGCCCCAGCGUGUUGCCACUGGCGGCCGGGAGAACAGCCUCAAGAUUUGGGACCUGCAGCGGCCCCAGGAGCCCCUCUUCCGCGCCAAGAACGUGAGGAACGACUGGCUCAACCUCCGUGUCCCCAUCUGGGACCGUGACCUCCAGUUCCUGCCUGGCUCCGACAAGAUUGUGACGUGCACCGCGCACCACCAGGUGCGUCUCUACGACCCCAGCUCCCCGCAGCGGCGGCCGGUGCUGGAGACGUCCUUCGGCGAGCACCCACUCACCGCACUCUCCCUCACGCCAGGGGCCAACUCGGUGGUGGUGGGCAGCACCCACGGGGACCUGGCUGUGAUCGACCUGCGCCAAGGGCAGCUGCUGCGGUGCCUGAAGGGCGUCGCGGGAGGUGUGCGUGGGCUCCAGUGCCACCCCAGCCGACCCCUCGUGGCCUCCUGCGGCCUCGACCGCUUCCUCCGCAUCCACCAGCUGCGAGACAAGCGGCCACAGCACAAGGUAUAUUUGAAGUCCCGGCUGAACUGCCUGCUGCUGAGCAGCCACCAGGACUGGGAGGCCCUGGAGGCACCGUCUCCCAUGGCAGACGGGAACCAGGACAAAGAUGGGCACAAGGACGGGGACGAGGACGACGCCGAUGCACUCUGGGCUGCCAUGGAGCCAGUGCCCUCCCCAACUCCCCCCAGCUGCCGGCCCACCAAGCGCAAGAGCCCAGGGCCGUAAGGGCCACGGGGGGGCUUGCUGCCAGCAGGGCCCCCCCCAGCCUCGGUGCCGGUGCCGAUCCCGGCCCCCAUAAAGGACUUUCUGACCGGA